GAUUUCUAUAAAAGUGGAGUCCGGUGUGGUUGUGGCUUUUUGUUCUGGACUCAGUUUAAUUUUAUCUCUCAGGAAAAGGAAACGCUUCCUCCUCAACAUUAGUCUGAGAGUGUUUCAGGCUGGUCCUCCUCCCUCCGAGGGAUGAGAGGGAGUGGAUCCCAGUGUGGAGCUGCUCUCUCUCUCUCUCUCUCUCUCUCUCUCUCUCUCUCUCUCUCUCUCUCUCUCUCUCCUCCCCCUCUCUCUCUCUCUGCUCCAGCAGCUUUAUUCUGUCUCUAACCCUGAGUGACCAACAGCCUCUCGCUGCUUCUCUCCUCUGAGACAUGGGAUCUUAUCGAAAAGGCGGCUGACGGAUCUGAGACCAGCUCCAUAAAGUUUUUGUUCCUCACUGGAAACUUUGUGCUGGUGAAGCCGAGCAGCUCCAUCAGCAACACGGAGGAGCUGCUGCUGCAGGAGUUCAGUGUGAGAAGAGCUGGAGAUGGUGGAGAGCUGAACCCACAGUGACCCAGGAUGGAGCCUGUGCAGAGGGACAUGGAGCUGCUCACUAACAGCAUGGCCACCUACGCUCACAUCAAAGCCAACCCUGAGAGCUUCGCCCUCUACUUCAUGAUGGGCGUCUGUUUCGGCCUGCUCAUGGCGCUCUGCCUCCUGGUGGCCGGCAUCACCUGCAGAACUCGCCGCAAACGCAAACCCCCUCCUUCCCCCGAGAGGAGACAGCUGAAGGAGUCCAGCGAGGAGGAGGACGAGGAGGACGAGGAAGAGGACGAGGACGAGAGCAUCGCAGACGAGGGCGGCGAGGAGGCAGAGAUCCCCAAAGUGACAGCGGGGCCCAUGAGUGACCGCAGCAGCCAGUCCACCGGGACUCUGAGGAGCGUGAACGUGUUCGCCUCGGCCGAGGAGCUGGAGAAGGCCCGACGCCUGGAGGAGAGAGAGCGGAUCGUCAGGGAGAUCUGGAGGAACGGGCAGCCGGACAUCCUGGUCACUGGGACGGGGACGAUCGGACGAGUCCAUUACCACUAACACACUUUGACUGUGUCGAGAAAAGACACCUCACAGACUGCGAAGGUCAAAGGUCAGGGGAACUUGUUGCCUCAUCUUUUUACCAUUCAGGGGGGGGGUCUUACAAAGGAGUGUGUUGAGUUGCAUUAUGGGAAUUGAAGGGUCAAGUGUUAUUGGGGGGGUUUCGUCCCCGGUCAUGUUGUCUUCACUCCAUCCAGAGAAAAGGAAGAGGAACAGUCAAAGCAGCAGAUUAUUCACUUCAGAGACGAGCAACGACCAAGACAAUCAACAGGAAGUCGACAAAAAUAAACAAAUCUCAUAAACAAGAGAAAAACAAAUGUGAAAAGCAUCAAACUAAACUCUGACCAGACUCCUGACAAACAGACAAAGGACCAAUCCACAGUUUCACUGAACACUUAUAUUAGCUCCUUUGUGGGGACGUGUGAAGAAGAGAGAGGAGGAGGAGUCUAAAAAGUCUUCUGCCAAUCCAGAGGCAGCGAUCUCGUGGAAUUAACCAAUCAGAGUGUGAGCAAACUAAGUUUCAUGUUCAGGUUCAUUCACACAUUCAAGCUUAAUCAAUCUUAAGACUGAGUCAGACUCAACCGCCAGAGUCAGUGUAUUUCUCCUCUUGUGAACUUGUUAUUGUAAAUUUCUUGUGUUUUAUAUUUCUUGUGACAUAAAUAAGAUUUUUUUUCAUCUGUAUUUUAUCUUUAUAAUGUGAAUAAUAAAAUAAUUUAACCACU